AUGACCAUGAGUUCGUUUUUGAUAAACUCCAACUACAUCGAGCCCAAAUUCCCUCCUUGCGAGGAAUAUUCGCAGCUCGGCGGCGGCGGCGGCGGCGGCGGGAGCAACUACCACCCCCAUCACCACCCCCAUUCCCAUCACCACCACCACCACCACCCCCAGCAGCAGCAGCAGCAGCAGCAGCAGCACCUGCGCCAGCAACACCAGGCUCACCCGGGCCAGCCUCUUCCCGAUUAUUACCAGCGGCCGAGCGGGGAGCCGGGAUACCAGCCGCCGCCCCCGGCGCCGCCGCCCCCUCCUCCUCCUCCUCCCGAGGCGCUGUACCCCGCGCAGCCACCCCGCUACCCCGAGUCGCCGUAUAGCUACAGCGCCAUCAGCGCCACUCCGGGCCAGGAGCAGCCCGGGCCAGGGGUCUCGCCGCCGCCGCCUGCUCCCGCGCGGAAGGGCCACCACGUCCCGCCCCAGCCCCAGCCCCAGCCCCAGCCCCAGCCCCUGCACCCUGGCCACGUCCCCCACCCCGCGCCGCCGCCGCGCCCCGGCGAAGCGGCUCCCGUGGCAUCGAGCGGCGGCAGCUCCGCUUGCCCGCUCUUGCCGGGGGACAAGAGCCUGCCCGGCCUCAAAGGGAAGGAGCCGGUGGUGUACCCCUGGAUGAAGAAGAUCCACGUGAGCACGGUCAACCCCAAUUACAAUGGAGGGGAACCCAAAAGGUCCCGAACCGCCUACACCCGACAGCAAGUCCUCGAGUUGGAGAAGGAGUUUCAUUUCAACCGCUACCUGACCAGGAGGCGACGCAUUGAGAUCGCGCACACGCUCUGCCUCUCCGAGCGCCAGGUAAAGAUCUGGUUUCAGAACAGGAGGAUGAAAUGGAAGAAAGAUCAUAAACUGCCCAACACCAAGAUGCGCUCUUCCAACCCUUCCAGUCUUAACCAGCAAGCCAAAGCACCAGCACAGCAUCCCCAGCCGCCACCAAGGGGGAGGACGACCCCAAACUCAGCAGCACUAUGAUGGCCCGACCUAUGCAGGGACCCCUGCCCCCAUUCACACGAAUGAACUCAUGCUCGCGAAUAUUUUUCAAUGGUCAUGGGAACCAGUCAACAGUGUUAAGCAGAUCAAAGCAGAACAAGAAUCCGUGCGGAGUCCAGGGCGCCUACUUAAAACCAAAAAAACUGAACAAAGUGCUUACCAUCUGUAAAUAUGUCUUCAUUCCACCAUGUUGGUUUUAUUUUUCGUUUUAUUUUUUAAUUUAUGGAAAUACAGUCUGCCUGCAGCAUUAAAGAGUUGUGGAUGGACCCCCUGUACCUAAGAAGGAACCCUUUGUAUAUAUUUCUGAAGCCAUCAAAAUGCUUAUAAGUGACUUUGUGAGACAUGUGUGUAACCACUGACUUGUAUUGUUUUGUGGAAUGUUUGUGGAUCCUCAGUUACAAAGAGUCAGAAGUAAACCAAGCUAAUGUCAUUGAACUUUUUAGGAAAUUAGGGAAGGGGAAUACCCCGUGACUGCACUCUCCUAGCUCUUACCAACAAAGAAAAUAUUUUUCCUAUGUAACAAUUCAACUUUUAAAAAGUGUAGUCCUUGCUCUGGUUGUGAUAUGUUAGCCUCCCCAUUGUUGCAUACUUUCUUCUCGCUCUCUGUCUCUGCUCUCCCCCAUUUCUCUCACUCUCUUUUUAAAGAAAAAUACACUCAUAGCGCUAUAAAGGCCAUUUCUGUCUUCAUGUCAUGCCACGAAGUCUGUGUACAGUUUGUGAAUUAUAUGUGUACACAUUUGUGAAUGUGUGAUAUAUAGAGAUAUAUAGAGAUAUAAUGUCCAGUGCUGCUAAUAAAGACUAUU